GAUGCCGACUGCAACACCUCUGCCUGGGUUCCACGAAAAUGGGCGAUGGAGGGGCGGAGGCAAUAGCGCAAGCAUUGCAAAAGGGCCCCAAGAACCUGGUCUGGCUCCAGCUGCAGGACAACCGGAUCGGGUCGCGUGGGCUGGAGCUGCUGAUGGACACGAUCUCCAAGGCACCCGGCCUUCAACGCCUCGCAGCAGCAGGAAACCUAGCCCCAGAUGACUGGCCUGAGCGCAUCCUCGAGAACCUGGUCACUGCGGACCGUGAAGGGGUGACGAAGCCUUCUGUGGUUCUUCUGAGCCCUUCGAAGCGCUGCUGGCUUGGUUGGAACGUUUCGAGCCAAAUCAACAGUUUCGGUUCUUUGAGCCCGCGCUUCGCCACGAUGGUGCAGAUGGAGGAG